UCAACAAAAACGCGGAAACAAUAGAGGCAAUCAGUUUGUGAAAACAGAUAACACCGAGUCGGCAGAAAGUGAGCGUAGUUGGUGCUGACAGCUGUCAAAGUUAAUAUCUAUCGUCUGUCAAACGAUCUGAAAGACUUGUCAUGGCUCUGAAGAGAAUACAGAAGGAGUUAAAUGACCUACAGAGGGACCCUCCAGCUUCGUGUUCUGCUGGACCCGUUGGGGAAGACAUGUUUCACUGGCAAGCUACCAUCACAGGACCGAAUGACAGCCCAUAUCAUGGAGGAGUUUUCUUCCUUUCUGUGCAUUUCCCCACUGACUAUCCCUUUAAACCACCAAAGGUUGCCUUUACUACAAAAAUCUAUCACCCAAAUAUAAACAGCAAUGGUAGCAUUUGCCUUGACAUCUUGAGGUCACAGUGGUCACCUGCACUUACAGUAUCAAAAGUUUUAUUAUCCAUAUGCUCACUGCUUUGUGACCCAAAUCCAGAUGAUCCCCUAGUCCCUGACAUCGCGCAUAUUUAUAAAUCAGACAGACAAAAGUACAACAAAAUUGCCAGGGAAUGGACCCAAAGGUAUGCAAUGUGAAGGACUGAUGUUCCAGCUGCAAAGACGCAUCCCUCAACACCUCAGAAUAUGACUGUUUAAUUGCUUUAUCCUCACUGGUUCUAAUUGAGGUGUUUGACAUGCUUGAAGCACUUUCUCUACCCAGACCUUACUUGACUUAACUGCUUUUAGUGUUUAUUUUAUUCUCUUAAAUUGGCAUUAUUAUUAUAAUUAUUAUUAUUGUUAUUGUUGUUCUCAUUAUUACUAUUAUUAUUAUUAUUAUUAUUAUCAUUAUUAUUAUUAUUAUUAUCAUUAUUAUUAUUAUUAUUAUUAUUAUUAUUAUUAUUAUCAUUAGAUAUGAGAUGGAAGUUUGGGGAGGUUCUUUUACAUUUUUGCUGUAUGAAACGAUACUGAAUUUAUUUUUCAUGAUUUUUGCAUUAAAAUAUUAUGCAAAAAGUGAAUUUAUAAUUGUUUCUCAGGAGUACUCACAACUAAACUGAAAUUGGUUCAGUGAUAACUCUUUAUUUCUACAACCAAGUCUUAGUGUCAUAAACCUGACCACUAGGUGGCAGUCUUUACUUUUUACUUGCCAAACUUUUCUGGUGGAUAAUUUAAUAUUCAUGUUUGUGUUACAUUUAAUUCAGGCCCAUUUGCUAAAUGGUUAAUUGUGUGGAUGGUGGCUAAUAUGGAGUCUUGCUCUGGCUAUGAACUGAAAAUGAGGAGGCUUGUUCUGUCAAUUGAAAUCAGACCACCCAUUACCAUCACCUCUGCUCCUUGCUUUGUGCUGAUGAAGCUGGUGUCUCCACAUAAAUGGAGCACUUCCUGUUUAAAAUCGAACUCAAGCAUGUUUGCCCAGCUGUUAUUACAGUAUUUUAUAACCACUGCUUUCACAAAAUGGCUUCAAUUUGCAAACCACUUAGAAGUUUUAUCAUAAAGUGUGAGCAUCUCUGUCAAUGAUUUAAAUCUUGCUGCAUUUUAAAAUAAAGCAAUUUUUUGCCAAUGCA